UAAUUACCACAAUGCCCUUGUUAGUACAUUUGCUUUUGACAUAUGUCUCAACUGUCACUGUUCCAUUGGUUGUGGUGAAGCUUUCUCCUUCAACCGACGCAUCACCGGACCAUUUCUCAUGGGGAUGUGGUCGUAGUGAAUGGCUUGAAUGCAAGAAGCCAAGAUAACAGGUGCUAGCUUUUGAGAACCAUGAAAUGGAAUUCUUCAAGUUUGAGCUCUUCUGAUUUGUUUGUUUCCAGACCCAACAAAAAUCCUUCAAAUCCUCUUCUUCAGUUUUAUCCAAAGCAGACAAAACUAUUGUUGUCAAUUGGUCAUAUUAAUCAAACUCCUUCGUCUUUGUUACAGAGCUUAGGUAUUUCUGCGGCCACUCGAGAACUAGAAGAGAAUAUGAGAAGUUUUGUCAGCAAAGUUGCCGUUGUGGGCAGUGGAAUUUCAGGCGCUGUUUGUGCUUCUGCCUUGGCAAGGAAUGGGGUGGCUGUCACUGUGUUCGAGUCUGCAAGAGGACCUGGUGGCAGAAUGUCCCAGAGGAGGGAAAUUAGUGAAGAUGGUACGGAGCUCUUCUUUGACCAUGGUGCUCCAUUCUUUACUGUCAGCGAUAAUGACGUUAUGGGUCUUGUUCAUGAGUGGGAAGCGAGAGGCCUGGUUGCAGAGUGGAAAGAGAAAUUUGGUUCUUUUGAUUGUAUUUCUGCCAAAUUUGUUGACUUUGAAAAGGAAGGGUCAUGUAAGAAAUAUGUUGGUGUUCCAGGCAUGAAUUCUAUUUGUAGAGCAAUGUGCCAAGAACCUGGAGUGGAUGCUAAAUUUGGAGUAACUGUUGGGAGGCUGGAGUGGUUGGAGGAUAAAAAUUCAUGGUUAUUGACUGGCUUGGAUGGUCAAAGUCUGGGCUACUUUGAUGGUGUGGUUGCAUCAGAUAAGAAUACAGUUUCUCCAAGGUUUACUCAUGUAACAGGACGACCACCACCAUUAGACGUGAGUUUGGCUCCAGAGUUGGCGCAAAAGUUGAAAGAAGUUCCUGUUCAUCCAUGUUUUGCUCUCAUGUUGGCAUUCUCUGAACCCUUGUCUUCAGUACCUGUAAAAGGCUUCUCAUUCAAGAACUCUGAUGUUUUAAGCCAGGCUCUCUGUGACAGCAGCAAGCCAGGGCGUCCUCAAAUGAGGUAUAUGCAAAUUGCAAUUGGUAGUGCCCAUCAAAUUGAGUGUUGGGUGUUGCAUUCAACAGCUGAGUAUGCAAAGGGUGUCAUUUCCCAGACUGGUCUUCAAAAGCCUUCAAAUACAACAUUGACUAAGGUGGCUGAAGAAUUAUUCCAAGAAUUUCGAAGCUCUGGACUUCAUCUUCCUGAUCCAUUCUUUGUCAAAGCUCACAGAUGGGGUAGUGCCUUUCCAGCUGCUGUCAUAGCUGCAGAGCAGAAGUGCCUUUGGGAUGGGGAAAAGAGGCUGGCUAUCUGUGGAGAUUUUUGUGUUGGUCCAAAUGUUGAAGGUGCAGUUCUUAGUGGCAUGAGAGCAGCUGCAAAACUACUAGAGAUGUUCAGCUGCUUGUGAUGCCAAUGGACUGUCACUGAUACAUUUUUGUGGGUACAUUUUGCAUGCAUUUGGUGCUCCAGCUGUAGGAUCAAUAUUUAC